AUGGGAAUUCUUGUGGGGAUAUUUUCAAUUUCACUUCUGCCAAUUGAGUCGAUUGCCGAUUUUUCUCCAAGAUUUUUUGUGGGAUUGUUGCAGGCAUUGACACUAGGAUCCUUGAUUCACAUCUAUAAUGUUGCAGUGAAUCAACUGUAUGAUGUCGAAAUCGACAAGAUUAACAAGCAACAUCUUCCGUUUGCUUCUGGAGAGUUCUCACAAAGAGAUGUCAUAGGCAUCUGUGUGAUAGUUACCUUGCUGAGUAUUGGUGUUUCAUUUUUGUCUAAAUCUCCAGCACUUAUAUUUGGCCUAGUUGCCAACUUUCUACUUGGAACUGCAUAUUCUGCCGAUCUUCCAUACCUUAGAUGGAAAAGACAUCCUUUACUUGCUGUACCAAGCAUGGUGCUUUGGUAUGCUCUUGGUGUUCAAAUCCCUUAUUUUAUACACAUCCAGAAAUAUGUUCUUGGGAGACCAAUCUUCAUUACAAAGGCGUUGAUAUUUCAAACAAUAAUGUUGUGUACAUUCUGUACUACCGGAAUGAUAUUAAAGGAUAUUCCAGAUACUGAAGGAGAUAGACAAAAUGGCAUUGAAACCAUUAGCACUCGAUUUGGCGAAGAAAGAGCAUUUGCUAUUGGCGCCAAUAUUCUAUUAGCACAAUUUGUUCUUGGAACGGUAGUAGGAGCUUCAUCGUCACUUUGGUUUGGCAAGCUUAUAGCUGUAUUGGGUCACCUUGCACUUGCUUUACUAGUUUGGCAACGUUCUCGACACAUUGACCCCAUGAACAAAUCAUCAGCACAAUCGUUUUAUAUGUUUAUGUGGAAACUUGUCAGUGUUGAAUACCUCCUUAUACACUUUGUUCGUUGAGAAGAACAUCCACUGGUCAAAAGAGCAAGAGAAAGAAAUGAAUUCACAAAAGGGUUCAAUAAUAUUUAU